GGGGUUCUUCUCCGCCAUUUGUUUGCGCGCCCGAGUUGAGUGACCGCGUGCGGUGGGUGUCGCGGAGAAGGAGACGCAGUACGAAGAAAUGUCGAGCCAAGGAGGAAUUAAACCCGACGCGUUCGCUGAGGCCAUACAGAGGGCCCGUCAGAUUGCAGCAAAACUUGGAGUGGAUCCUGGGACCGGACCUGCUAUAAUAACAUCCCCAGUGAAUCCGAAUCCGCCCGGGGUGUCCUCUCUUGGGCUGGGUGCUCUCAAGAGGCCUCUGGAAGAUGGCGAUCAACCGGAAAGUAAAAAGCUUGCUUCGCAGAAUGACAUUGUCAGCGCCCAGCUUGCUGCCAUUGCCUUCCAGCAUCGGCCUCAAAUGUCAAUCGAGUACAAGGUUCCGGACAAGAUGGUCGGCUUCAUUAUUGGAAGGGGUGGAGAGAACAUCAGUAGGAUCCAGUCCGAUUCCGGAUGCAAAGUGCAGUUUGCGCCAGACAGCGGAGGACAGGCGGACAGACCGUGCACGCUUACAGGCACCCCCGAAGCCAUUGCGGAGGCGAAGCGCAUGCUGGACCAGAUCGUGGAGAGGGGCCGCAUCCCUCCAGGUCCCGCCGGCGUGGACCACACGAGCCACUCGCAGGAGAUGAUGAUCCCCGCCGACAAAGUGGGCCUCAUCAUCGGCAAGGGCGGCGAGACCAUCAAGCAACUGCAGGACCGUGCUGGUGUGCGAAUGCUGCUCAUCCAAGACGGCUCUCAGCCAACGGGCGCUGACAAACCCCUGCGCAUCAUGGGCGAGCCCUUCAAAGUUCAGCAAGCCAAGGAGCUGGUGCUGGAAUUGCUGAGAGAGAAGGAUCGGGAGGACUUCCGUCCCGGCGGCGGCAACAACAACAACAACAACGGCUUUGGGAAUAAAUCUGGUGGUGGUGGCGGCGGUGGUGGCGGUGGUGGCGGCGGCGGUGGUGGUGGCGGCGGCGGAGGUGGUGGCGGCGGCGGAGGCGGCGGAGGUGGUGGUGGUGGCGGUGGUGGCGUUGGCAGCAUGGAGGUGACCGUGCCACGCUUUGCCGUCGGCAUCGUCAUCGGCCGCAGUGGGGAGAUGAUCAAGAAGAUCCAAAGCGACGCGGGCGUACGGAUACAGUUCAAGCCAGAUGAUGGCAGUGGACCCGAGCGCGUUGCCGUGCUGGUCGGUUCGCCUGACUGCUGCCAGCACGCGUCCCAGCUCAUUCACAACCUGCUCGACAGCAUUCAGGAGGGGGCUGUUCCCGGUGGCGGCGGUGGCGGCGGCGGUGGUGGCGGCGGUGGCGGCGGACGCGGUCGUGGCCGGGGCGGUGGGGGACGAGGGGGCGGCUUCUGUGGUGGUGGGGACUGGGGCAGCCACUCCCCCGGUGGCGGCGGAAGCAUGCAGGAGCACUUCACCUAUCCAGUACCCACCUCCAAGUGCGGACUCGUCAUCGGCAGGGGAGGGGAGACGAUCAGAAACAUCAGCCAGCAGACGGGCGCGCAGAUUGAGAUUCAGCGCAACGCCCCACCUGGCGCUGACCCUAACUUCAAGCUGUUCUUCAUCCGCGGAGGGCAGCAGCAGAUAGAGCACGCCCGCCAGCAGAUCGACAACAUCGUCAACUCGGGUGGCCCACCUGGCCCACCUUGUGGCUUUCCUGGUCAAGGUCAGGGCCCUGGUCCCUUCCAUCCUGGUCCCCCAGGCCCUCCCAGGGGCCCGCCGUCGCAGCCCUUUGAGCAGCCGGGUUGGGGAAACUUCCAGCAGCCGUGGCAGCAGCCUCAGCAGCCACCCAUGCCGCCAGCAAUGAACCCUGGCAACGCACCGGCAGAUCCGAAUGCGGCCAACUGGGCUGCCUACUACGGGCAUCAGGGCGCCAUGCCAGGCGGUAUGCCUGGUGGAAUGCCACCAGGAAUGCCGGGCGGGAUGCCGGCUGGGAUGCCGGGAGCCAUGCCCGGUGGUAUGCCCGGCGGCAUGCCCGGCGGCAUGCCCGGUGGUAUGCCCGGCGGCAUGCCCGGCGGCAUGCCCGGUGGGAUGCCGGCUGGGAUGCCGGGCGGAAUGCCGGCUGGAAUGCCGGGCGCCAUGCCGGGUGGCAUGCAGGGCGGCAUGCCUGGGAACAUGCAGGCUGCCAUGCAGACCGCCAUGCAGCCCGGCGUACAGCCUGGCAUGCAGGCCCAGCAGAUGGGAAUGAUGGGAGCUCAGCAGCCACAGCAGCAGCAGCAGCAACAGCAGCAGCAACAGCAGCAGCAACAGCAGCAACAGCAACAACAACAGCAGCAGCAACAACAGCAGCAGGUGGUUGCUCAGCAAGCGGCCGAUCCCAACCAGGCGACGGUUGGGCAGAAUGGUCAAGUGGACUAUACGAAGGCAUGGGAGGAGUACUACAAGUCUAUCGGCCAGCAGCCUGGACAGCCUGCCGGCGCUCAGCCUGACUACACCAAAGCCUGGGAGGCUUACUACAAGAGCCAAGCCAGUGCCCAGGCGGCCGUGAGCGGAGGCGGCGACGCGGCGGCCCAACAGGCCGCGGUGGCAGGUGCGGUGGGGCAGGCCGGCCACGCCGACCCUCAGUCCACCGACAGCCAGUGGGCCGAGUACUACCGGCAGCAGAUGUCCUACUACAACCAGACCGCCGUGCCCUCUCCACCGGGCGCCCCGGGGAUGCAGCAGCAGCAGCAGCAGCCGCCGCAGCCUCCGCAGCAGCAGCAGCCGCCCGGAGCGCAGCCUCAGCAGGGACAGAUGCAGCAGGGGCAGCGCCAGGGGAUGGGAAGACCUCCGCCACCCCCAGGGCACUCUCACUCUACCCCGUGAGCAAGCCAGGCCCUGGUAAUUUGGUGGCCCCCCCCACACUGUGCUGGGACAUGCGGAAGUGUAAAACGUUUGUGGGUGCUCACUUGAUGUCAUCUUGAUGAAGAUAAAAAAAACCGUACUGCAAUGUGUAGCGUGUGAAUGCUGCGCGACAAAAGGAAAGAAACGCAAUGACUGCAGUCCCCAACUUCUUUAAUCCCGUCGAAUAUUAACUCGACGUCACGUUUGAGAACUUCCAUAACUUGAGUUCUAUUUCUUGUCGCUCUUAUGCUUGUUGUAGUCCAAAUUUUAAGGUAGUUGUGUAGCGUAAACCUCAAAUCUCGACGUAUUCCAUGGAAACAAAUGUGGUCGGAUUAAAGAAGCGUGACUGUAAUUACUCUGGGUGGGUGGGUGGGGGUUAGGGUCAACUAUUAUGUACAAACAAGUAAUUUCUGGGUACUCAACUUUUCUGUAGGCAGUAGUCGUGAAGGUGAAAUCUUUGCCGAAAAAAAGUAAUGUUCCUAAAUGGUGUUUGAAGAUGCUGGGGGGGGAGGGUGGUGGAGGGGAGGAGGAGGAGGCGGCAGUUGUGUCAAGUUUCCGCGCGUGCUCCGAGGCCUGUGUGUGAUUGAGUUUUCCAGCUGUGAAUGAUGACGUUAUUUGGUUGGUGGGCUUGACGUCAACUUUUUUUAUUUUAUCCGUAAGGAGUUUAGAAUUUAUAGAUGGGGUCCGCUCGCUUGGUCGGGUUUUUUUUGUUUGUAGUGUGAGGUUUUUGUAAUUCGAUUAAAAAUGUUGUCCAUCUAGUCCUCUUGUUCCCCCUCCCCCACACACGUGGUGCACGGAGGAAGCAGCGUAACCUCCGAGCCAACGAUUAGAAAGUCGUAACGUCUUGCGCGUCGGCGCCCGCCUUGGCCCACGCCCGUGUGUUCACUUUCCCCGCAGCGCUAACUUCUGCUGCAGAGACGGCCCCGCUGAAAUUGGGGGUGGGGGGGGCGGAAUCUCUCCCGGAAGUGGUAGCUUCGUUACGCGGUUAUAUACCCAGAAUCCCUCGUGUGUUGCUCCUCUGCGGCAGCAGCAGAAGUAAAAAAACACAAGCAUUGCUACUUAGCUUUGUUUGAAUUCAUAUUUUGCUUCCUGUUUUAUAUUUUUUUAAUUUGAAAUUUAAACGGCCAAUCUUGUAAAAUUGUCUUUCGUCUGAGUUUCUUACACCCCUGUGCUGUGCAGUUGAGAGGGAAUGGAGGAAUUCAGUACCAAAUUGUCUGCGGGGAAAGCGGUUAGUUGGUUGUUGUUGUUUUAGGACACCGGCGAUUGUUAAAGCCUUGUUGUAACAAACUUUGCAGCGAGGGCAGCAAGUGCAGAAAUGUAAAAGUUUGGUUGGCAAAAAUUUCACCUUUACCCUGUGAAAAUGUUAAACUUAGAAUUUUUUUUCAUUUCUAACCCGUAGCCGAAAGCCUGCGUAAAUAGAUUUAAAUAAACGUACGUGAAGUAACGUUCGGUUAAAACAACUGGUUUUGAUGGUAAUGGUGAUGUAGAAGGCUUUUUUUUCAACUUGUGUAUGCUUCAAUGUGUUUAACAAAACUGUUUUUGAAGAUGCUCAUAAUUAAAAGAAAUGGCAGAGGUGUUGCAUAUGUUUCACUGAUGCUGUGAUGUCACACAAAUUGCUUGUUGCUACUCAUUUUGUGCUGCCCUGAUAUGUACUGGUCAAGGUUGUUUGCGAUUAAAGGUUGUCAUGUUCUGUUUUAUUUUAUUUUUCCUCCUGACAUUUUCUGCGAAAAGAAAGUGGGCAGGGGAGGGUAAGUGUGCGGUGGGGAUGUGAAGGCUGCGUUCUCUUCUCCCCCCCCCCCCCCCCCACGUGCCCUCUGUCCCCUGUCGAACAGAAAAACCAUCAAUGCCGCGCCUCGCGUUUGUUAGAGAAGACAAAAACGUGUACACAGACGCCUCGUGGAGCCCCCCCCCCCCAGUGCCCGUUGCGUAAGCGCCUGUCUGUGGUGUGGUGUGCGUGCUUCGUUGUGAACUCUGCUGUGUGCCCCCUUGUCACUUUGCCUGGUAGGGGGAUGGGGGAUGGGGGGCGGUUGGUUGGUUCACAAAGAUCCUAUGUUACCAUGCGUAACGUUCGAGCAGGUAAGAACCGCAGCGGGCAAGUGCGUACGUACGAAUGCGAGGACUACCGUAUUCUCCGGAUUAUGACGCUUCUUUCCCCCCCCCCCUGUAAUUUACAAAGCAAAAGUGGCGGAGCUGCUGGGGGGGGUGGGUGGGGGGGGUGUGGAUCUUAUCAUUCGGUAGGUGUGCGUGUGUCACCACACCUGUGUGGCUUGAUUGUCACCUUCACCUUUUUAAAGCAAAAGUUGGGAGAUGCUUGUCAUCCGAUAGGUGUCCCGUUUGCAUGCCAGACCAGAUUCGUAUAACCUCGUUGAUGCCGGGCGCAGGUUUUUGUGGGGGGGGGGGGGGGGGGGGCGGUGGUGCGUCUUACUUUCCAGAGCGUCUUAUAAUCCGGAAAAUACGGUAACUGAUGGGUGGGGAUGGAGAACGGGAGACAUAGGGCGGACGCGUUGGCUCGUUGCUUUGCGAUCAGUUCCCGCUAGCGCAGUGUUGUGUUGUCUUGCCCGUGUCAGAUGCAGCCCCCCCCCCCCCUCCCAGCUAGUGAUCGGACACUCGCCACCCUUCGUGGCGUAACGCGUCGUUGAGCAGUGGCCUACGAUGGUAGGCCUUGGGUGCAUCCUAUAUUGGCAUUGUGCUGUGCCUGCCGGACUGCUGCUGUUUGUCGGUUGUGCGCGCGUGUGUUGUGCUCGCCUGCUCUGUUGGCUGUUAUCUAGUGCGUGUCUUCUAGAACGCAGCGCACCAGGACCCAUCCCCGCGCAUCCCCCUACUACUACUACAGACUAUUUAGAGGCGCCCGGAAUAAGCUGCCCGCAUCCCCCGCGCUGGCCGACGCAGGCAAAGUAUUUGAUUCCCCACCUCUGCCCUGUGCUCUGCCCGAAUCUUGCGAUGAGUUGUCUUGCCUGUCGCGUUCCUUGCUCAAAAAAACUAAGAUGUCAUGGGUUAAUUAUGGGACGAACAUGUAGGCAGGUGUGUCUGUGUGUUUCUGUGUUUGCACGUGUGGAUAUAUGGUACGCGAAGGUGUGUAGUGGUUAGCGCACUGCUACGAACCUAUGUGUACGUUGGCAUGUAUGUUUGUUUGAAAGCACUGUAUUUGAAUCCCCUUGUGCCCUGCCCAAAUCUUGCGAUGAGUUGUCUUGCCUGUGUGUUGCCAACAGUGUCCGUCGGGGUUAAUUUUGGGAUAAAUGCAGUUGAUGGGGGUGUGCGUGCGUAUACAUGUGUGCGUUUUCGGAAGUGGUGGUCUGAUAGUUGCCGCAGUGCGCUAAGGUGGUGCGCGUGCGUGUAUAUUCAUGUAUGCGUGUUGCGAGCGGUGGUGCAGUGAGGUCAGUACACUCCGCCAAAAAACUGGAGGCCGGAGUUUGAUUCACCAGCUACAGCUAACAUCAGUGGUGAGUUGUAUCAAACAGCUUCCGGGGCCGUACCUAGGUCGACAGUGUGAGCCGCAUUAGGAAGACAACGUUGCCAUACCAUGCCCUCGUUCAUCCACCUUGUUGGCCUAGAUAAGUGUUCGCCAACAUCACUUGCCCCAGCGGUCUUGUGAAGGACUAUGCGUGUGUCUGUGUGCUUGUCCUUGUGCACGCGUCUCUCCACAUCAAGUUGAAUGCGUACAUCUCAAAAUCAUGCCGUACGAUUGUCGCACUCGUGUUUUUGUUUAGUCGACACGAUGAACUUGCGAAUGGCGAGGAGCGGGUAGCGAUAUUGACGGGUCACUCGACCUGUCGAGUUUUGUUUGGUGUACAUUGUAUCUGCCAUGUACAUGCAUUUACAUGUUGCUCUGCUGCAAUGUUUGACAACAGCCGGUCCUGUGACUGUUUUGUGUUUCUGUUCUGAGAUAUUCUGGAGCCCCGUGAGAAGCUGACCUCCAGCCCCACGAUGGGAAUACAGCUCGCGUGCAUUCGUGCAGAGGCGUGUUUAAUUAGCUAUGCCCUUUAAUUAGCCUCUUGUUAGUUUUCUGACCAGUCUGAUAGAAACGUGGUCAGACUUGCUUUGCCCACUGGGCUUGCAAGUUAACCAAGAUAUGGCAAUUUGAGCAAGUGGGGCUAAUGAAACCCAACUGUGUGCUGAACUUGUAUAUGUGUGGUUGGUCAUCUCUGGGUGCUGCAGUUUCCUUCCGCCAAUUAAAAUUGACUUUGACCUAACAUCGCAAUGUAGCAGGGACCCUCUAGCAGAAGAGGUCAUGAGACCCCGGUGAGACUUCACAGUUAAAAUAACAAUUUUGUUCCAGUAUAAAUGUCUUGCUUAACAACUGACCCGGUUAAAUAAAGGACACCAUUGUGUUAUUUAGCGUGCAUAUGUGCUCUACCAUUAGCGUGUAACAAUUGUUUGCCCAUGCAUUGGUAUGCUCUGCCACUCUUGCUUGAGGGUGUCCACUGAUGCCAGUGUUUGUGACUGUGUUGUCCGGCCAUCUCAGUGCGUUAACCCAAGACGUCAUGUGGGUCUGAGCUGCUGACAGGAAGCCUUGCCGACGCAUCAUGGGGCCUCAAAGUGACGCGCACGUGUACCUAGCCUGGCACAAAGCGCUGUGGUGACCUUGCUUUCACUUGAUGGCAAACUGGCUAACAUGUUGGUAGCUAACGGCGCUUGCCCCGAACAUUUAGCAAAAUGCUUUAAGGCGGAAGGGGCGGUUAUCUUUGUUGUGUUGAAACAAAGUUCCAAACGGUCUUUGUGGCUUUAUGCACAGAAGAGGGUGUGUUGUGCUGUGUAUUUUCUGCAAACGCUUUGUCUAUUAUUAGUUAGUCUUGCCUGUUUAGGCAUAUGAUGAUUCACACCACUUGCAUGUGAUGAUUGUCCUGAUUCACUUCCAGAAUCGGUACUGUUUUGCUCAGCCUGUACCGUCAUCUGUCGGUCUCGUUUGUUCCGCCCGUCUUUCUUUGUACAUCCUUGACUUUCUGCUGUUUCUUUCGUACUGCCUGACUAUCUGCUGUCUCGUUCUCAUUGCCUAGUCCAUAGAGUCAGGAAUACCGUGUCUCAUUCUGCCCUGUUAGUACUGCCGUGUUGUUUGUCUUCUCGUUCGUAUUAUUUAGAAUUCAGUCUCGUCUGCAUUGACGCGUGUGUACUGCCGGUCAUUUGUGCUGUCACCGUGUCUUUGUAUUGUCCCAACUGCGAUCUCGUUCCGUUUCGAUUCUAUCUUCUCUGUACGGUCGUGUCUGUACUGCCUCGUUCCGUUUUUCUUCAGUCAUCCAUCUGCCUGCCUCGAUCCACCUCUCCUCCGCCCUAUCAUUUGUACCGCCGAUCUCGUGUGCCCGCUGCCUCAUUUGUCGUGUCCCAUCUGUGCUGUCUGUCCUGCCCAUCUCUGUCUGGUCCACGUGAUCGUUGUUUGAAGGGUCGGCACUUGCGUAAGAGAGCAUCACGAGUCUUCGAUUGUUUAACACGCACCGAGCCGGAGCUCUGGAUUAUCGCGACCGCCGCAAGAGCCGAUUCUCUUAAUCAUUUCAUCGUCUUGUUGUGUCCGACUGUGUGUUUGCUGUCAGUGAAGUAGGAAAUACUCUAUACCAGUUCUGUCUCUCAAGACUUGGCCGUGCGCUUAGAGUUUGUUUGAGCGAGAGUGUGUCGACUGUAGGUGGGAGAUGUCCCUUGAGGACCAGUUGACGUGGGGGACCCGAUCGGUCGCGUUUAGGAAAAACAAAAAAAUAUCCGAAAGCUAAAAGGUAAGUGGUGUCGUAGGGGUUUGCGCCGGGGAAAGAGGGACCACAUCUCCUCCUCCUGCCUCUGUCUGCCUGUGCUCGGUCUGUGCAGAGUAAGGCUGAGUGGCUUGCGUUGUUGUUGGCAUUGAAUGUGUGUCAGAUGAGUCUUGGUAACAAUUGCAGACGGCCGUGAAUGGUAGACAUCUCGGGCGCUUAACAAAUGUAAAGAAUCGUUUAGUAUUUUGUGAUGAAUAAAGGAGGGUUUUUUUUUUA